CCGGCAGGCACACGCGCGGGUUGUGCCGGUCGGUCGCGGUGGCGCGGAGGGGGAGGGGUGAGCGCACCGCUGCCGUCGCACGGCGCCGGGGAGUGCGGCCGCGGCGUGGCGCGGCGCGGCGUGGCGUGGCGGGCGCCAUGGGGAGCGUGCGCUGGGCCUUCCCCUGCGCCGCCUGGCGCCCCUGCCGCGAGGAGUGGCUGCUGGCGGCGCGGCUGGUGCAGCCCGAGGAGAAGGACCGCAUCGGCCAGUUUGUCUUUGCUCGUGAUGCCAAAGCCGCCUUGGCUGGUCGCCUGCUGAUACGGAAAUUAAUUGCAGAAAAGUUGUGUAUACCUUGGAAUGAAAUACACUUGCAGAGGACAUCAAAAGGGAAACCUUUCCUGGCAAAUAACGUCUUCAGUAUCUAUUCAAAUUACAACUUUAAUGUCUCUCAUCAAGGAGAUUAUGCAGUUCUUGCAGCUGAGCCUGAGCUUCAAGUUGGCAUUGAUAUUAUGAAGACUAAUUUACCAGGUAGUAGCUCAAUUCCAAAUUUCUUUCGCAUCAUGAAUAGACAGUUUACUGAAACUGAGUGGGGUGUAAUCAAGUCUAUGAGUAAUGAAUGGAUGCAGCUGGAUAUGUUUCAUCGACACUGGGCCUUAAAGGAAAGCUUCUUAAAGGCUAUUGGAGUCGGAAUUGGCUUUAACUUGCAAAGAAUUGAAUUUAAUGUGUCCCCAUUGCAACUGGAAAUAGGGAAGGUAUAUAAGGAGACAGAAAUGCUUCUGGAUGGAGAUAAAGAAGAAGAGUGGACAUUUGAGGAGACCCGGUUAGAUCAUCAUCAUCAUGUUGCAGUGGCUCUCGGGAAACAGGAGGGAUUUGGACAGAAGCAUUCUGAUGACAUACUUCAGUUCACAGUGGGGCUGUGUAUCAUCCCUCCUACAGGAAUACUGAUAAAUGUCAGUCUGAGGUGAAAAGGUGGGCAUUAUUUCUAAAGACAAUUAGCUAAGUAUUCCACAAAAAUCCAGGAUUUUUUAGUAUUGGUCUUCACCGUCACUGUCACACACCUUAAAAUUAUCAUAGAAAAAAUAGGCACAGUAUCAAAAGUCAUGAUGAGAAGUCUUUGAACCAAGAAAAAUCUCAAAGGCCUACUUGUCCACUGACUACAUUUGUAACGACCUAAAUUUCAUUAGCUCAAUUCACUGAAGAAAGGUCAUUUUAGAGAAGACAAGUGAGCAUUCUGUGACUCCCCAAUAUGAAAAUGAAGUGAAAAUUUCUGUACUAUUACAUUGUGCCUUUUCAGGACUCCUAACAGGAAUGUGAGUGUGUAGACAUUAUGCAGUUGCUUCAGGAUGUCAGUGCUGUUUCUGUUCCCUCUCUGCUAUCACAGGAGUAAUUUAUUAUGUCCUGUUUGCAGAACAUUUACUUUCAGUGAGCUUUCUUCCCAACCUGAUAUCAAGUACCUACAAUUCACAGGAAAGAGCAAUUGUUACUUUAAAGUAUUAUAAUUUAAAUUCUCUAGUGUCAAGAAUCUUAACAAAAUGUCUGCUAGUGAUUGCUGUAUGCUUGAAGAGAAAGAACAUUUAUCUACACUCUUACCUAGAUCUAGACAGUUAUCUGAGGCAGAUCUCAAUGAAAGAUGGCCAAGUUUAUCAUUCUUUAUAAUUCCUAUGUGGGCUAUAAAAUAUCUUUUCGUCUAUCACUUGCUAAAUUUCACAAGACUUGUGAUUAAUUCAAUCAGAGCACACUUGUCUUCAGACAAGCAUGUGCUGAAGUUCAAACUAGGUCUGUUAACAAUCUCCUCAGCUCUGAGGCUUAGUUCAUAUUUGGUUUGCAUCUGUGAUGUCACUUGCAUGGCUCUAGGCACAGUUCCUGCAGCUUUACUGUGUCUCCAAAACGGCAGAUGAACAGGAAUGUCUCAACACCCUGUCACUUGUGUGAGGAUAUAAAGUGACAGGCAGCUCAAUUAACUUUUGCUUUCAGUCUGCAUUGGAUAACUUUGAGUUUUGCUGUGCUGUUACAACAAACACGAACCAUUUUGUUGUCUCUCCAUUUAUUCCUAACAGUAACUUACUGCUCAAGUGCUGAAGCGGAGAAUAGACAUUUUUGCUCUUUUACCUACUUAUUGACCUACCUUCCUUGACAUGACAGGAUGGGAUAACAAAAUCAACAAAUGGGCCUUAAGUGGGGUCACCUCCAUGUCAGCAAGCAAGUGCCUACAAGGCACCGUUACGGACAAAUCCCCCAAACCCUCUCCAGGAAAUCAACGUGCUGGGGCACCUCUCUAAAGUGCCCGUACACUAGUGCAUGGAGUAUGGGGAAUGAACAUGAUGAGUUAGAGAUCUGUGUGCAGUUGCAGGGCUACAAUCUUGUUGGGAUUAUGGAGACAUCAUGGGACGUCUCCCAUGGCUGGAGUGUUGCGAUCAAGGGGUACAGGGUCUUUAAGAAAGAUAUACUGGGAAGAUGCAGAGGGGGAGUUGCCAUUUAUGUGAGAGAGCAGCUGGAGUGACUGGAGCUCUGCCUGGGGAUGAAUGAAGAGCCAGUGGAGAGUUUAUGGGUUAGGAUUAAAGAGGACAGGUCAAGGUGACUUUAUAGUGAGUGUCUGCUAUAUGCCACCUGACCAGAAAAAACAAGCAGAUCAGGCCCUCUACAGACAGAUAGGAGCAGCCUCAUGUUCACAGGCCCUCGUCAUCAUGGGGGACUUCCACCACCCCAGUAUCUGCUGGAGGGACAACACUGCAGGACAUAAGCAAUCCAGGAGAUUCCUGGAGUCUAUUGAUGACAACUUCCUCCUCCAAAUUAUAGACGAGCCAAUGAAAAAAAGUGCUCUGCUGGACUUCCUACUCACCGACAAGGAGGGGUUUGUUGGGGAUGUGAAGGUCAAAGGCAGCCUUGGCUGCAGUGAGUAUGAGAUGGUAGAGUUCAGGAUCCUGGGGGCAGGGAGGAGGGCUCACAACCCUGGACUUGAAGAGAGCAGACUUUGGCCUCCUAAAAGACCUGGUUGGAAGAGUUAUGUGGAAUAAUGUGCUGGAGUGUGUCCAAAGAUGGGCAACAAAGCUGGUGAAGGGUCUAGAGCACAAGUCUUAUGAGGAGCAGCUGAGGGAACUGGGGUUGUUCAGCCUGGAGAAAAGGAGGCUGAGAAGUAGACCUUAUCACUCUACCACUAUCUGAAGGGAGAUUGUAGUGAGGUGGGUGUCAGUCUCUUCUCCCAAAUAACAAGCAAUAGGAGAAGAGGAAAUGGCCUCAGGUUGUGCCAGGGGAGAUUUAGAUUGGAUAGUAGGAAAAAAUUUCUUCACCAAAAGGGUUUGUCAAGCAUUGGCACAGGCUGCCCAGGGAAGGGGUUGAGUCACCAUCCCUGGAGUUAUUAAAAGAUGUGUAGAUGUGGUGCUUAGGCACAUGGUUUAGUGGUGGACUUGGCAGUGCUAGGUUAAUGUUUGGACUUGAUGAUCUUAAAGAUCCUUUCCAACCUGAAUGAUUCUAUGAUAAGGCCUUAGAGGGAAUCGGGGCCCAAGAAAGUUGCUUAAUAUUCAAGGAUCACCUCCUUCAAGCUCAAGAGAGUUCCAUCCCACUAACUUUGCUAAAGUCAGGCAAAAAUGCCAAGAGUCCUGUGUGGAUAAACAAAGAGCUCCUAGUCAAACUCAAACACAAAAAGGAAGCCUACAGAGGGUGGAAGCAAGGAUGGGUAACCUGGGUGGAAUACAGAAACAUUGAAUAUCCAGGGACGAAGUUAGGAAAGUUAAAGCGAAAUGAAAUUCCAUCUGGCCAAGGAUGUCCAAGGCAACAAGAAGGGCUUCUAGAAGGCAACAAGAAGGGCUUCUAGAAGCCAACAAGAAGGCCAGUGCAUAGGAGACAAAGGGAAGGUUAGCGAAAAUGUGGGCCCUUUGCCCAAUGAAAUAGUGGCCCUGAGUACGCAGGACAUGGGAGAGGUCAAGGUACUGAAUGCCGCCUUUGCUUCAGUCUUUAUUAGCAGGACUGGCCUUCAGGAAUCCCAGGUCCCAGAGACCAGAGGGGAAGGAGGAAGAAAGAUGUACCCUUGGAGGAAGAAGAUCAGGUCAGGGAAUACUUAAGCAAACUGGACGUAUGUAAGUCUAUGAGCCCUUAUGGAAUGCACCCACAGUGCUGAGGGAGCUGGCAGAUAUCAUCACAAGACCGCUGUCAAUAAUAUUUGGUUGAUCAUGGCAACUGAGAGAAGUGCCCGAAGACUGGAGGAAAGCAAAUGUCGCUCUGUCUUCAGGAAGGAGGAUCUGGGGAAUUACAGGCCUGUCAUCCUCACCUCGAUCUCUGGAAAGGUGGGGAGCAACUAAUUCUGGAAACCAUUUCCAGGCACAUCAAGGACAAGGAAAUGAUCAGGACUUGUCAGCAUAGCUUCAUCAAGAGAAAGUCAUGCUCAACCAACACGGUAAAUUUGUGCAAUGAAGUGACUGGCCUGGUAGAUGAGGGGAGAGCAGUGGAUAUUGUCUACCUGGACUUCAGUACCUUUUACGUUUGACACUGUCUCUCAUAAGAUCUUCCUAGAGAAACUGUUGAUGUAGGUACUUGGAUAAGCAGGCAGUGAGGUGCGUGGAAAACUGGAUGAACAGUUGGGCCCAGAGUGUGAUGAUCAGUGGCACGAAGGUAGCUAGUGGUUUACCCCUGUGGUCAAAACUGGGUCCAGUCCUGUUUAACAUCUUCAUUAAUGACUUUGGUGAUGGGGCAGUGUACCCUCAGCAGGUUUGCUGGCGGCACAAAACUGGGAGGAUUGGCUGAUAUGUCAGGCGGUCAUGCUGCCAUCCAGAGGGACCUUGACAGGCUGGAGAAGUGGGCUGGCAGGAACCUCAUGAAGUUCACAAGGAGCAGUGUAAAGUCUUGCACCUGGGGAAAAACAACCCCAGGUACCUGGACAUGCAGAUGGUCACCCAGCUGGGAAGCAGCUUGAUGGAAAAGGCACUGGGGGUCCUGGUGGACAGUCAGAUUUGAACAUGAACCAGCAAUGGGCCCUUGCAGCAAAGAAGGGUAACGGUAUCCUGGGCUACAUUGGACAAAGUAUUGGCAACAGGUCAAGGGAGGUGAUUCUUCCCCUCUACUCAGCACUGGUGAGGCCACAUCUGGAGUGCUGGGUCCAGUUCUGGGCUUCUCAGUACAAGAGAGACAUGGACAUACUGGAGAGAGUCCAGCAAAGAGCCAGAAAUAUGAUAAAGGGACUGGAGCAUCUCUCCUAUGAGGAAAGGCUGAGAGAGCUGGGACUGUUCAGCCUGGAGAAGAGAAGGCUCGGGGGAUCUUAGUAAUGUAUCUAAAUACCUGAAGGGGUGGGGGGGUGCAAAUCGGACAGAGCCAGGCUCUUUUCAGUGGCACCCAGUGACAGGACAAGAGGCAAUGGGCACAAGCUGAAACACAGGAGGAUCUCUCUGAAAGUCAGGAAACACUUUUUUUUUCCCUGUGAGGGUGACCAAGGUUGCUCAGGGAGGUUGUAGAGUCUCUAUCCCUGGUGAUAGUCAAAAGCCAUCUGAAUGUGGCCCUGGGCAACUGGCUCUAGGUGGCCCUGCUCAAGCAGGGUGUUUGGACAAGACGACCUCCAGAGCUCCUUUCCAAUCUCAGCCCUUCUGUGAUUACCAGGCAUCAGUAUUCGCUCCCCAAGAAGUUAACAGUACCUUAGCCUGCAUCAAAAAUGUCUCAGUCUGUGUGAUGUACAGAAUAACCCCACUGCAGAGUAGCCUGCUGAAUUCUGUCAAAUAUUAAGCGUUAAGAAUAUGUUGCUUGAGCAAAUGCUGAAUUUAGAAGGAUCAGCUAUAUUCAUGUUCGAUUCAUACAGCUGUACUAUUUGCACUGCUGUUUGGAAAGAAUUACGCUUGCAGAUAGCAUACAGCAGGCUGCACAGUUGUAUGUGCUUAAAAAAACCCAAACUUUUUUUCUUUGAAAUGUGAUUUUUCUUGAAAUGAUGGAACUACUGCAGAGACCAUGACAGUCUCAUCUCCAAUAUCUCAGUCUGCGCUUCAUCUGGAUUUAACAUUGGGAAUUGUGGGUUGAUUGUGACCACAUGUGUCCUUAAAUAGCAUGAGUUUGAGAGGAGCAUGCACAACUCCUGUGAUUGUUGGUAUUAGGAAGAGUAGCAAUAGGCACACCUCUAGUGGAAUAAAUCCUCACGCUAUCAUCUCAAAUAAUCAUGUCUGCUGGAGAAUAAACUACAUUUUGUUGGUGGGCUUUUUCUUCCUUUUUUUUGGACUUAAACACUCAUUCUGUGGUAUUUGCAGCACUCUCCCUUGUUGUUUCAGUUUUCAAAGAAAAACUUGCUUUUUCUGUGUGGCCUGUUACAUGCUUUUUAUUAGUUACUGUAUAGGCUAAAUUAGGGACAGUGACAAUGGUCUCAGCUGGAAUAUUUUCUUUCUUCAGUAAGCAAUGUGUAGUUUAAACUGGACAGGGAAUAUUGCAGGAAGAAAAUUGAGAUUUAUUGAUUCAUGUAAUACUAAUAUAUA